AGGAGAUUUCGUUUGGGGGGUAACCAAAUGGGAAGAAUACAGCCUCAUCACAAUGACUGAAAGCCUCUUUAAAAUCCAGCACACUGAUGUGCCCCUUUCCUACUAUACUGGACUUCUUGGUAUGCCUGGUAUGACUGCUUAUGCUGGUUUCUAUGAGCUUUGCUCACCAAAGAAAGGAGAAUAUGUUUUUGUCUCAUCAGCAUUUGGUGCAGUUGGCCAACUAGUUGGGCAAUUGGCCAAAUUGAUGGGUUGUAAUGUUGUUGGAAGUGCUGGAAGCAAAGAAAAGGUUGAUAUACUAAAGAGCAAGUUUGGAUUCGAUGAGGCUUUCAAUUAUAAGGAAGAGCAUGACUUGGAUGCAGCUCUAAAAAGGUGUUUUCCUGAAGGCAUUGACAUUUACUUUGAUAAUGUUGGAGGCAAAAUGCUUGAUGCAGUUCUCCUUAACAUGAGAUUACACGGUCGCAUUGCCGUAGCUGGAAUGAUCUCACAAUACAAUCUUGAUCAACCUGAAGGCAUAAGAAAUUUAUUAUCUUUGGUAUAUAAGAGGAUUCGUAUAGAAGGAUUUACAGUGUAUGAUUACUAUCACCUCUUUCCCAACUUUUUAGACCUUGUGCUGCCUUACAUUAGGGAAGGAAAGAUAGUAUAUGUUGAAGACAUAGCUGAAGGCCUCGAAAAUGGCCCGGCAGGUCUUGUAGGCAUUUUUAGUGGUCACAAUGUCGGAAAGCUAGUAGUUGUAGUUGCUCGGGAGUGAUCAUUUUACCUCCGUUUGCAUAUGUAUUUUACACUUUUUUUUCCCCUUUUUUCUGUGUUAACUUAUACAGCACCAUAUAUAGUGCUUCUUCCCAUUACCAUGGUGAAAGCCAUUGCUGCUUGACAGCUAUGUAACUUGGAAAGUAAAUUCUCAUGGUUCAAUAUAUUAUGGGCUGUUUCAAUAA